AUGCUCACAAAGGAUGAGAAUGGCAAGUUCGAGUGCCAGUGCAUAGUCUUUUCGGAUGCAGGGCGCAUCCUUGGUUUGGGAGACCUCGGCUGUUGGGGGAUGGGCAUUCCAAUUGGAAAGCUCGAUCUCUACACAGUCUGUGCCGGCUUCAACCCGUACAAGACGGUGCCGGUCAUUAUCGAUGCAGGAUGCACUGACGCAAGUGGCAAUUCAGCCAAGCUUACAAUCCGAGACCAUGAGCUGUACACAGGACCAACUAAGAUGCGGGUCCGUGGUGAGAUCAGUUUCACUUGUUUGGUGUUGUCUCGUGUCUUGCUUGCAGGAUUGAAACAGGAUCGAAUGAAGCACGAGGAUGCGCAAGGCUGGGCCCUAGUGCCAGGCGUGGACUCUUCGUUUCCUGACAUCUGUGCCGAAGUGAAUACUGCUUACUACGGGCCUUGCUCCCUCAUCGGCGAGUUCAUGUCUGCAGCAGCAGACAUCUUCAGCCGAAAAUGUUUACUUCAGUUCGAAGACUUCAAUACAAACGAUGCCUUCCCGCUGCUGGAGGAGUACCGGCACAAGUUCCUGAGCUACAACGACGACAUCCAGGGCACCGCAGCUGUUGUUGUAGCAGCGGUGCUGGGUGGAAUCCGGCUUCAGAAGCCAGGUAUCCUGGCCUUGACCCCAACCUGA